AUGAGGUCCACGUUGUCCAUUAUCAGUGUGGUUGCAAUCGGUGUACAAACUGUCUUCGGAACGCCAAUCCAAGCUCGUACAGAAUAUGAUGUGAAGGAAGUUCACCGAGCCCCUCGAAAGUGGAAUCCAGUUGGUCGUGCCCCCGGAGACCACAAGCUACACCUCCAGAUUGGCUUGAAACAGGAUAAGUUUGCUGAGCUUGACCAACAUCUCUACGAGGGUAUGAAACUUCUAUCAAAUCCCAAAACUUUGAUAAUGCUAAUUGUUCUAUAGUUUCGAACCCAGCCCACCCUCGGUAAGAAAAUCAGUUUUCUAUCCAAAGAAACUUGACUUAUAUUUAUCUAGCUAUGGCAAGCACCUAAGUAUCGAUCAUAUCUAUGAUUUGGUAAAACCGGCUGAGGAGACUCUGGAUCUCGUUCACGAAUGGUUGCUCACCAAUGGUGUUCAUGCGAUGAACUAUUCUCCAGCCAAAGAUUGGAUCAGUGUUCAAAUUGAUGUUGCCUCUGCCGAAGCUUUACUUGAUGCCGAGUAUUCUGUAUAUCAGCAUGAGGAUGGCUCUGUUCUAGUUCGAACAGAAAAAUGGUCUCUUCCAAAACAUCUUCAUGAGCAUGUAGACACCAUUCAGGUGAGCAUUUUCCUCGGUUCUCAAUAUCAAUUGCGGUGAAUAUCUUUCAAGGUCAAAACUAACAUCAAAUAGCCGACAACUUCGUUCAUGCGAACAAAACCACAGAAAUCAGACUGGAUACAAUUCGCUCAGCCCCUGUUACCAGCUGGUUACAAACCCCCAACAAACGAGACCAUUGCCAAAGUUUGCAAGUUUUUCCCAGUGACAAUUGAAUGCUUCCGUACUCUUUACGGAACCAUUCAUUACAAGCCACAGGUCCCACAAAUCAACAAAAUUGCGUUCAACAAUUAUCUAAACCAAACUCCUAUUCGACCAGAUAUUGAGGAAUUCCUCGCCAAGUAUCGACCAGAAGCAGCUCCAAACGCAUACACCUUCAAAUCAAUUGAGAUUGAUGGAGGACCAGCUGCUCAAGGUACACCAUUGACACUUGAACAAGCCGCAGGAGACGAUUUCGUCCGUGAGGCCAAUCUUGAUGCUCAAACAAUUCUUGGAAUGACGUAUCCUGCACCCGUCUACUCAUACUCUACUGGCGGAAGCCCACCAUUCAUUCCAGAUGUCGAAACACCAACUAAUACCAACGAGCCUUAUCUUGUUUGGGUUAAUUAUGUCAUGGCUCAGAAGGAUGUUCCCCAAGUCAUCAGCAGUUCGUAUGGUGAUGACGAACAAACAGUUCCAAAAGCAUAUGCUGCACGUGUAUGCAGGCAAUUUGCUCAACUUGGUGCACGUGGAAUUUCGCUUUUGGUAUCCAGUGGUGAUGACGGAGUCGGUUCAAGUGAUCCUGAAGGCUGUGUGACAAAUGAUGGCAAGAACACCCCUACAUUUUUACCGGCUUUUCCCGCGGGUUGUCCUUAUGUUACAGCUGUGGGAGCUACUCAGCAAUUUGAGCCAGAAGUCUCUGCUUAUCGACAACCUGGAAUCGGUCCCGAUGGACGCAAUCACGGCUUUUAUGCUUCGGGCUCUGGUAAGUCCAAUUAUUCCACUUCAACUACUCUCAACCUAACCAAACACAGGAUUCUCAUCAUACUUUCCCCGACCUGCUUGGCAAGAUGCUGUUGUUCUAGCCUACAUAAAAAAACUCAACGGCUCUUACGAUGGGAUGUACAGCAAAGGAAAGUUCCUCCUCUCAUAACUCCUUGAACCAUUGCUAACUCACACGAACAGGCGGUCGAGGAUACCCAGAUCUCGCAGCCCAAGGUCUAUACUUCGCCUUCUUCUUCAACCUUACAGAAAGUUCCAUCAGCGGCACCAGUGCCUCAUGUCCAUUGGUGUCCAGCAUCGUUUCCCUCGUAAACGACGCACUCAUCGCCGAGAAGAAACCUCCUCUAGGUUUCCUCAACCCAUGGCUUUACUCCAAGGGCUAUAAGGGAUUUACUGAUAUCCUGAGUGGGAAUGCGCAGGGCUGUGGGGUGACGGGUUUCCCGGUUACGAAGGGCUGGGAUCCUAUCACUGGGUUUGGUACUCCCAAUUUCCCUGCGUUGUUGAAGUUGGCAGGUGUUAGUCAUGGAAUUCCUUAG